UUCAUAGCGUUCAGUAAGAAGACUAUAUAAGACUACUGAUUAAAUUCAGUCUUGGUUCACACGUUCAAGAUACACACCAAAUAAGGAAAUGGUGUUUAGGACACUCAUCUGUUUCUGCCUGGUAGUAGCGAUGGUUUGCAGUGACACGACGGAAGAUAUCCCCAGCCUCGUAGAAAAAUCUCCCACAACAUCCAGCAGUGUGGAGACAACUUUAGAAGAACUAAAGAAACACGGAGCAAGCCCAAUGCAUAAAGGAAUUUCUCCUCGCUCCGAUGGCUCACUUUUCGGACUCGGGAUAGGUGCCAAUCUGCUAGGAGUGCAUGCAGGCGCAGGUAUAGGUCAUGGCCGUGGAGGCUAUGGUGAUAUGGGCCAAGGGUUUGUUGGCAAACCUGCGGGAGGCCAAUAUCCACAACAACUCAUGUAUCCACAGUACCAACAGUAUCCACAAAUUCCACUAUAUCCUUAUAUGCUACCACAACCCUACCACGUCCCAGCAGCUCCUGUACGCCAGUGAACGCAUCAAGAAAUGCCACCAGCAAGAGGUCAAAUGUGUUAUCUUCCCCAUAGCACAUACAUGGAUUUCAGCUGCAAAGCUCCCUAACGACUUUUUCAUUCAGCACUACUUAACGAUAUGUACAUGAAUAAAGCACUAAAAAAUA